UGCUAUAUGUAUUUAUAGGCAUACUAGAACUCUCCCAGAGAAAGACAAAUAGCAAAGGGGGACAUUUCUUUUCCGAACUAGAAUAAGCAGAAAGAACAUGAAAAUUAUUCUAGUAUUAGUCUUUAUGAUUUCUCUAGUAAUUUCAGGUAGACUAGAUGAUCACUUGGAAUCAGCAACUCCUGAGCCUAAGUCAAGAUUUGCUAUGUCUGAUGAUGUGCAUUUGCUGGCCACUGGACUACUCCAGCUUGGGCGUGGCCUUCAAGACUUUGUGAUCAAAACCAAAACCCAGAUGGAUGACAUCUUUCAAAGGCUUAACAUUUUUGACCAAUCUUUUUCUGAGAUCUUGCAACAAACCAAUGAAAUGAAAGAAGAAGAACAACAGUUAAAAAAAGCCACAACUAGAUUGCAAGCAACUGAGGAAGAGAUGAGAAAUGAAUCUUUGCAGCUUAAUUCCAAAAUAGACGUCCUUUCCAUUGAGAAGAUUCAGCUGAAGAACAAAUUAGGGAAGCUUGAAGAAAAAAUAACUGAACUUGUACAGACCCAGCUUGAUAUCCAUGAGUCAAGAGAAAUUGCCUCACUUAAAAAUUUUGUUGAACAGCAAGAUGGCCACCUCAAACACCUUCUCAAAAUUGUUCAAUUACAACAUGCUCAGCUCACAAAACAGCAAGAGCAAAUACAGGACCUGGAGGAAAAGAUAAACAGCCCCAAUUUUCAAGAGGACUCACAAUUAUUUUCUGCGAAGGAAGAUGACAGACUUCCUAAAUUGAAAAAAACAGCUAAAAAUAGCAAUUCUAGAGGUAAUGCUACUGAUUGUACUUGGAUUUACAAUGCAGGGGAAAGAUCUAAUGGCAUUUAUUCUAUUAAGCCCAAUGGAUCCAAGGCAUUUAAUGUUUAUUGUGAAAUGGAAGGAGAAAACCCAUGGACAAUUAUUCAGAAGAGAUCCAAUGGAUCAGUAGAUUUCAACCAAACUUGGGAGAGCUAUAUAGAUGGGUUUGGUAAUCUUGAUGGAGAAUUUUGGCUGGGCCUUCAAAAGAUCUAUUCCAUUGUAGAUCAAGCUGACUACAUUCUGCGUAUUGAGCUUGAAGACUGGAAAGCUAACAAACGUUAUAUUGAGUAUACAUUCAAAAUGGGAGGUCCAAACAGAGAUUAUGCGCUCUUUCUCUCUAGGAUUACUGGGAAUAUUCCAAAUGCUCUACCUGAACAGAAAGAAAUUAAAUUUUCUACUAAAGAUCAUAGCAACAGCACUGAAAGAAAGCUUAACUGCACAGAAAGUGACUCAGGUGGUUGGUGGUACAAUGUAUGCGAAGAAACAAACCUGAAUGGAAGAUACAUCAGGUCAAGCUCAAAAGGAAAACUAGAGAGGAAGAAACGGGGACUGUAUUGGAAGCCUCAGAAAGGAAAACCUUAUCUUCUCAAGUCAACCAAACUGAUGAUAUAUCCUACAGAUUUUGAAACAUUUGACUGAGCAUUAUCAAAGUUUACCUAAGAAACUGCAAGUACUUCAGUCAGAUUCCAGCGACAGCCCUUUCUGGUGUACAAAGAAAAUAACAUUAAUGAUGUAAUCAAAUCAUAAUAAUAUUCUUCCUUUGGCUAUAUAUUUCAGUGUGCUUUGUCCUGUUCCAUAUGGUCAAGAAAUAAGCAGAGCUUUGGCUGUGAGACAAGGUCAAUUAUCCUUGAGGGCUACUUUAGUAGAAUAUUUCUUAGUAUCAAUGCUACCUCAAGAAAGACAGGAAAAUGGAAAGUUCUCACACCUUCCUUGGAACAAGAUUGUGCAUUAGGGAGGGAAGGUGAAUCGUCACUACUUCACUUCUGUGAAGUGUGGGAUUGGGGAGGGGGGAAAUUUUGUCUCACAGGAUGAGGUAGAAAGUGUCUAAUCAGAUAAAGAAUCACUAUAUUCAUUUUUGCCAAGGAUAGUAGUGGUCUCUAUUCACUUCUUUGCAGGGAGAUCAAACUGUUUGUUUUCAAACAGAAGGGCAGGGGACAGCAAUCUUAAUGCUUUAGGCACAGGGCGAGCUUUUUCUCUUUCUCUAUUUAGUUUUAUGCUUUAUUUCAGUUCCCUAAAGCAAAAUGUAGGCUGCUUUUUUGCAUCUGGGAGCCACAGAGGAAUGUAUCCUUGGAGUUGUUUAACAAAAGAAAAUAGGAGUAUGAAGUUUAGUAGAGGCUUAACAUAUCUAUUUUCUUCUCUUGUUUUUUUUUAACGAAACUAUCACAAAUAUGAUCUGGGCAAGGAUUAGAGAGACUGGGGUUGGCUGCAUAUGGAAUAUAGACCAUGGAUUUUCCAUCUCUUGUUAAAGCAGGAAGCAAAGGAGAUGCCUAAAAUUGGAAGUCAUUUAAGGGGGAAACAGGCAAGUUAUGUUGCUCCUAGCUGUACAGCUCUGUUCAUAAAAUCCAAGCAAGAUCUUCCACUGAAAUGAAUUACAUAAAACAAAUGAGCCUCAUGUUCAAAAAGUUCAGCUGGGACAUAAACAUUGUGCAUUCCAUUGGGAUUGCACAACCUGCAAAGUGCACCCCUUUAUUCAUUUUUUUUCUGUAUACAACAGCCUUUCCUAGCUUUGUGUUCCCUCUCUGUGGUGUCUACAUAUGUUGGGCUCAUGUAUUAAAUAAACAGACUGGUUGGGAACCUGGAGUAUUGCUCUGACAUCCCUGACAUUUACCCUUUGGGAGAAAUGUGACUUCCUAAAUAUAAAUAUCUUAAAUAUCACCCUAGUGAACAUAACUAGUUCUGAGAAACUAAUCUCUAAUGAGGGAAAACCAAUAUGUGUAUUGUCUGCCACAUUAAAACCUUUCACUGUAAGUCUAAUAUUCCUCCUCACUUUUCUAAUAAUAUAAAUAUCUUUAUGUCACAAUGGCUUCUUAAAAUAGGCUUCGACUAAGAAGAUAACUUCAAAUAGCUCCUUGUUAUUUCAAAAUUGUAAAUUAUAAAUUAUUGCAAUUACAAUACAGAUAACUACAUUAUGGUAUAGAAUGCUUGACUUGUAUUUUUGAAUUUUGUUGUUGUUGAUGAUUGUUUGAUAAACCACCACAAAUAUGUAAAUGAAUUGGUGGUAUACCAGUAGAGUAAAUGAAGGAAUAAAUAAGCAGGCUUCCUGUUAAAAUAAUAUAUACUUAUAUACAUACACACAUACACACACACACACACACACACACA